AUGCCCACCUCCGUCUUCGUCGUCGGCGCCUCCGGCACGCAAGGCAGCGCCAUCAUCCGCGCCCUGACAACCCUCAACAAAUCACGCUCUAAUAACCCAAUCACAAUCCACGCCCUCAUUCGCUCAACAUCCUCCCCUCCGCAAUCCCUUAACACAGACUCCAACGUCAAACUCUUCACCGGCGACUUCGACGACAUCUCAUCCCUGAAGGCCGCAGCUACAAGUUGCACAGCCGCCUUCCUCAACGUUACACCCGUAUUCACAGACCUCACCGCCGAAGCCCGCCAUGCCCACAAUCUCGUCGAAGCAUGCGCAUCUAUCGCCUCCCUGAAACGCAUCGUCUUCUCGCCUGGAGCUGUACUUCAUCGACCAGCGGAUGAUAUUGUCUGGUCGGAGUACAUUGACAAGAACCCCCAGAAAUGGAUGAGUAUCUACACGAAAUCCAAACAGGCGUGCGAGACGGCUGUGACCAGCUCCUCGACGACGAACUUCGAGGAAGGAUGGUGCAUGGUCCGCGCCACCGCCUUUUUGACGAAUUUCCUCCCGCCAGUUUCCAAGUUUAUGUAUCCCGACUUGGAGACGAAGGGGAUCAUCACUGCUGCGUUGAGAGAAGACCUGCAGAUUUCGUAUCUUGAUCCUGAGGAUUUAGGGUCUUUGGUUGCGAGGCAGUUAAUUUGUGAUAAGGAGGAAUGGGAGACGCGGUGGAAGGGCAACUUUGUGCCGGUUGCGAAGGAGAAUUUAACGCUGGGGCAGUCGGUGGAGAAGAUGAAUGCUGUGCUUGGACGGCAUGGUGUUAAGGAACGGGUUGAGGUGGUUUGGAUCGGGGAGGAGGAGGCGCGGACGAAAGGCUGA